AGCGUGCACAGAGCAGCGUGAGGGCGGCGCGGCGGCCAUGUUUAGUGCGGGCGGGGUGGGGCGGUGUCGCCAUGGGAACGGGUCCCGCUGGCGGCGCGUUGCCCUCAGGCCGUUCCGCUCUGUUCUGCGGGUCUUGCACAAGCGAUGAUUUCCCCUUUCUAAAAACCAGCUUCCCUUUUCCCCAAAAUAAAGAACUGACAAGCGUUGAAAGCGGGAAGUAGCGUCCUGUUCCGGCAGAGAGCUUCCCCGUGUCCGUGUGCCCCAUUCCCCUCAGAACCCGCCCUACCAUCACCUCACAGUGGUUGUGCCCUUGGUGCCGGCCAGGCCUGCAGCACAGCAACCAGAACUGUGGAGGCUGCUGGCACAGAGGACAGAAGGCCGUGGGCUCUGCUCCGUCUGCGGAAGCAGAACCGAAGUAGAUCUCUGGUGCCAUCCUAAGGCACGGGUUGGACUUUGGUGGCAUGGUGGCAUCUCCCUCCAUAACAGGGCCAGCAUUGCACCAGGGCAUGGGAGCAGGGAGAGGAAAGCAGGCCAUGCCAUGGGUACGUCUGUGUUUUGACACGGCUGACAGCAGCAGGCCUUUGGAAAUUACAACAUGAGCUCGAAAGUGAGCUCAGUUCUGUUUCCGUGCCGCCUUCAGAUCCUCUUUUCAGCUCCCUUUCCAGCCAGAACGCUUCCUCUGUGACAGGCAGGGCUGCUGCAAACCUGCGUCAGCAUCACGGCGUGGGCUGCAAGGGGAAGAGAGACUGCAGCAAUGCUCUGAUACCCCUGGCCUGCAGGCUGCCAACCAGUUGUGCAGGGCCUGGGAUGAGCAGGGCGAUGUGAAGCAGCACCCAGCACCAGCUGGGAGCCUUGUGUCGAAUGGUUCGAAAGCUCUCUGUCUUGAUUUUACUGCCUUUCGUAGAGCUUAGUGUAUAUUUCUGGGACAGGCAGCUCCUUGUCUGGCUUUAAUUACCUGGGCAAAUUUUCUUAAGGAUUAUAUUGACCUCAAAUAUGUCAACGUUUAUUGAGGCCGUGUUUCUGAGGCUUUUCCCAUUAGAUGUUAAUGGAUUCUGGCUAAUAGUCAAGCCGGAUUGACCACCGGAGGGUGCCCUGGCCAGCUGCAGGAUACCACAAGUACCUGGGGAAAGGGAUGGGGAGGGUUCCACUGGCUUUGUGGAGCCAAAGAGAAAAAUCACCAUGGCCCCAAUCCAAAGAGAUCAGAGAGCAUGCUGGAGCAAUUGCACUCCUGACCAUCUGCUGCUCUGGGCAAGCCUCACCCCAAGUCAUGGCUGUGUUCAUGUGCAAGGCUUCAAGGAAAAGUUGCUGUCCCCUCCCUGCAGAAGGGGCUGUGGCGUUCAAGUUGGAUUUUAGAAAAAAAUGAUUCUCAGAAAGAGCAGUCAGACAUUGGAACAGGCUGCCCAGGGAAGUGGUGGGGUCACCAUCCCUAGAGGUGCCCCAGAAUGGUGGAGAUGCAGCACUUGGGAACAUGGUAUAGAGGGCAUGGUGGGGACGGACUUAUGGUUAGAUUUGAUGAGCUUACUGGUCUUUUCCAACACUACUGAUUCUAUGAUUCUAUUCCUAUGCAGAGCCUCUGCCAGCUCACUGCUCCUGCUGCCCUGCCCAUACAGCAAGGUUUAGGUCCCACUGAGCAAAUCUCACCUAUACGCUCCCAGGUGUUUCGGGUGAAUCACAUCCUGAGCAGAAAUAACUGUUUGAAAUCCCCUCCCUUCCUUCCUGUCCUGUUUUAUAAAGAGAAUCCAAAUCUAGCCACAGUCCCCAGGGCAAAAAUCACUGCAGCAAGCAGGAGAGCAAGCAGGAGGGUGUGCCAGAGGGGAGAGGCAGGGCAGGCAGGGAGGAAGAUGCUGGGCUUGUCUCAGGCUGUGACAUGGGGGCAUCACCUUUCCCACUCCAUCCCUGCAGUGGCAGGGCUGCUGCAGGACUAAAGCUCUGGGACACACAUAGGACAGAAUCCACCCAAACUUGUGGGAGCCACAUCCUACAGCCAAACCCAGCCAGCUGAGUUCUGGCAGUGGGGUUGGCUUUAGACCACUCCAGCACUGCUGUGCUGGGUGUGUGUGGCCCAUGCCUGUGUCACAGGAGAGAAAUGCUCAGCUGCUGCAAGGCGGAGGCGGGUGCGGGGCCAGGCAACCUGCCCUCACUGUGCACACAGUUGCUACAACAACAACUUGGCUUGGAGGCAGCUGCUGUGUCCUGAGGGAUUGUGCUCCCUGCUUUGCCAGAAGAAUGCCUCCAAAGGGCAAAGGGAAGAGGAAAAAAGGAGUGAAGCUACACAAAAAGAGAAAUGCAGCAGCAGAAAGCCAAGCUGCAGCCACAUCCAGGAGAGCAGCGCUGGAGGCUGACAGGCUGCAACAGCACCCAGUUCACUGGAGGGAUGUGGCCUGGCAGACGAGGGCUGACACUGAUGGGCUCCGGCGGAGGCUGUGGGAGCUGGAGCAGGCACUGGAACGGGCGCAGGAUGACAAGCGAGACAUGCAUGAAGAAAUGACCCGGCAAUACCAGGAGCUGCAGAAGCAGACAGCAGCACACAGCCAGCGCCUGGAGGCAAAAGUGAAAAGCCUGCAGGAACAGCUGGCCACCAGGCUGCAGGAAAGCCAGCACACCCAGCAGACUGCCACCAAAGCACUUGCAGAAAGGGACAGGACCAUCGCCCAGCUGCAAGGCAGAAUGGACAUCAUGCAGAGGGAGUACGAGAAGAUCUUCCACGAUAGCCUGGACCUUGUGCUGGGCAAGAUGGCAGAAGCCAGGCAGCACUGGGAGGAGGAAGGCACAACCAUCUGCCUGGAGCACAAGCAGCUCCUGCAGGAGUUUGGCCUCAACCCUCUGGAAAUAUAGCACUCAGGGACCAC